AUGGGGACAUGGAGGUGGAAGAGCAAGGAUCAUGUCCCUGGAGCAGCAUACUUCAGGUGGUGGUACAAGAAGACCCGCAUAGAGAAGAAAUCUGCCUUCAUUGACCUGUUGUGUGCCGUUCCUCUGCAGCAGAUCUAUGGGUGCCCGCUGGGCGGCAUCGGGGGAGGCACCAUCACCCGUGGCUGGCGGGGUGAGUUCUGCCGCUGGCAGCUGAACCCUGGCAUUUAUCACUACGAAACAGUCAUCGCCGACCAGUUCACGGUGUCCCUGCGUUGCAAAGGGCAGACGGUUUACCAGCAGGUCUUGUCUGUGGAGAGACCCGGCACUCUUCAGGGCUGGAACUGGGGCUACUGUGGCCACUAUGCCUUCUACCAUGCCCUGUACCCCCGUGCCUGGACCGUCUACGAGCUCCCAGGGCAAAAUGUGGUGCUCACGUGCCGCCAGGUCUCUCCUGUCAUCCCCCAUGACUAUAAGGACUCCAGCCUGCCAGUGGGAGUGUUCAUCUGGGAGGUGGAGAACGGCAGGGACGAGGAAGUGGAUGUCUCCAUCAUGUUCAGCCUGCAGAACGGCAUGGGGGCGAAGGAGGACAGGAGUGGAGGCCACUGGAACGAGCCCUUCGCCUUUGAGAAGGAGGGCGAGCGGGUUGCUGGAGUCCUGCUGCACCACUGCACGCGUGUGAACCCCUUCACCUUCGCCAUCUCUGCCCGGGAGAAGGCUGGCACGGGAGUCACCCACCUCACGGCGUUCAAUCCCGCGGGAUCGGGUAGGGAGGUGUGGCAGGACCUCCUGCAGGACGGCAGGCUGGAUUCCCCUGCUGGUAAAAGCAACCCGACAGAGAAGGGAGAGGUGACGGCGGCAGCAGUGUGUGCCAGCUGCAGGGUGCCUGCCCGGGGACACAGGACGCUGGAGCUGGCCCUGGCUUGGGACAUGCCCCGUGUUCACUUUGGCUCCAAGGAGAAGCUUCAUCUCAGGCGGUACACCCGUUUUUUUGGCAGCGGAGGUGAUGCUGCUCCUGCCCUGUCGCAUUACGCCCUGACGCACUAUGAGGAGUGGGAGAAGAAGAUCGAAGCGUGGCAAAAACCCAUUCUGGAGAACAGCCAGCUGCCUUCCUGGUACAAGUCGGCCCUCUUCAAUGAGCUGUACUUCGUGACGGAUGGGGGGACCAUCUGGGUGGAGCUGCCCCCGGACUGCUGCGCUGAGGACCUGCAGGGGCCGGCGGGGGCUGCCCCCUCCCACCUCCUCCCUGUCCUGCGGGAGUACGGAAGGUUUGCUUAUUUGGAAGGCCAGGAGUACCGGAUGUACAACACCUACGAUGUCCACUUCUACGCCUCCUUUGCUCUCGUCAUGCUGUGGCCCAAGCUGCAGAUCAGCCUGCAGUAUGACAUUGCUGUCACGGUGGUGAACGAGGACGUCCAGCCCCGGCAGUACUUGAUGUGUGGUCAGACAGCCCAGGUGAAGCUGAAGAACGUGGUGCCGCAUGACAUCGGGGACCCAGCUGAUGAGCCGUGGCAGCGUGUCAAUGCCUACCUGAUGCAUGACACAGCCGACUGGAAGGACCUCAACCUGAAGUUUGUGCUGCAGGUGUACCGUGACUACUACCUGACACACGACUCCCUCUACUUGCGGGACAUGUGGCCAGUCUGCCAGGCUGUGAUGGAGUCAGAGCUGAAGUUUGAUACGGAUAACGAUGGGCUCAUUGAAAAUGGUGGCUUUGCUGACCAGACAUACGAUGCAUGGGUGGUAAAUGGACCCAGUGCGUACUGCGGUGGGCUGUGGCUGGCAUCUGUUUGCGCCAUGGCUGCCAUGCUCCUGCCUCAUGGGGUGGAGUGUAGGGACAGCACGUGUGAGCUGGGGUCAUAAACUAGGGAUUUAAAAAUGUUUCCUGUCAUCUUUCCAGGAAAAUACUACAACUAUGACAGCAGUGGGAGUGACACCUCCAGCAGCAUCAUGUCAGACCAGUGCGCCGGGCAGUGGUUUCUCGGGGCUUGUGGUCUGGACCAAGGGGAGUUUGAGGUCUUCCCGAAGAGUCACGUUGUCAGUGCACUCAAGACCAUCUUUGAGAAGAACGUCAUGAGCUUUGCUGGUGGCACCAUGGGAGCGGUGAAUGGCAUGAGACCCGAUGGGGUGCCCGACACCUCCAGUGUGCAGUCCGAUGAGGUGUGGAUUGGUGUGGUCUAUGCCUUGGCUGCCACCAUGAUCCAGGAGGGUUUGGUGGAGGAAGGCUUUCGUACAGCAGAGGGCUGCUACCGGAUGGUUUGGGAACGGCUGGGCAUGGCUUUCCAGACACCGGAGGCCUAUCGGGAGAAGAAAGUCUACCGCUCGUUGGCUUACAGGCGGCCCCUUAGCAUCUGGAGCAUGCAGCUGGCCCUGGAGCGCAGAGCCGGCCAGGCAGCAGCACCCGAGCAGCCCUCCCAGGUCCCCGUCCACCCUUGA